AUGGCGUCCCAGCCAUCCAACGCGCAUCUGGCAUACCAAGUUGGAGGGCACCCGGGGGUGAAGUCAUCAGAAGGUAUCCUCUUCAAGCCCGCUCUUCCCCAGGAGAUCGCGUUCUACAAAGCGCUGGCGUCUGCAGCUGAGAACGAAGCGGUGCAAGAGGACGGGACAGUCUCGUCGCUUGCCCUUUUGCACAACUAUACCCCAACCUUCAUCGGCUCGCUAGAUCUUGUCGGGCAGGUCUCUCAAGACUCCUCGGAGAGGAAAACGGGAGGCGGAAGUGAUAGCGUGGAUAUGAACAAGGUCGUGCCUGUUCAUGACGCCCACGAGAGUGAUAAACGAGGUCUGGUACUGGAAGAUCUGACGCACGGGUUCAAAAAGCCGAGUGUCAUAGACAUCAAGCUUGGAUCGGUGCUUUAUGCUGAGGAUGCGACACCAGAGAAGAAGGAGAGGAUGAGGAAAGCGGCGGAGAAUACCACUUCAGGCACAGAUGGAAUGCGUGUCGUUGGGUUUUGCGUAUACGAUAACGACCACGCCGAACCCGUGGUCGUUCCAAAGCCAUACGGCAAGUCGAUCAAGACCGCCAACCUCCCCGAAGCCAUCGCUUCUUUCUUUCCGGUGGCGAGGUCCGAGAUCGCCUCCAAUGGAUCGACGGGCCCGUCUAGCUCAGAAAGGCACACUCAACCAUCUACUCUGAUGUCCUCUCACUGGCCGGAACCUCUGACCACUCCGUCUGGCCAUCGACCACAUACCCUUCUCUCCCUUCUCGAUCAACUCCUGUCAGACCUCGAUGACAUCCGUACGGUCAUGGAGGACGACCAGCUCGACCUCUGCAUGAUCGGCGGCAGCCUGCUCAUCGUGUACGAGAGCGACUGGGACAAGGCCGAGGAGGCGAUCCGCCGCGAGAACGCUCGACAGCAGGGGGACGACGAAGAACCAAAGAUAGAGUUGGACGACGGUGACGAAGAAGAAGAAGACGUAGAGGAGCCAGCACCCUCCAUCAGGGUCUCUCUUAUUGACUUUGCUCAUGCGUCGUUUGCGUCGCCCGACUUUCCGUAUCCUAUCAAGGAGGGACAGGAUCCGGACAAGAAGGCGGUGAGAGAAGGAGUGAUGAAGGGUCUGAAGAAGGUGAUUUCGCUGGUGAAGGGUCGGCGGAGAGAGGUGAAGGCAAUGAUGGGCGGUAGCUAG